CUGCCUUUGACAUUGAUGUCCGGACCCCAGGCAAGCCAUCGCCGACCAGAAUUUUCACAAAUCUUCAAUUCUCUGGCCGGCCUCUUACACCAUUCUCUGCAGACUCGAAACCUCAGAACCACAAAGGCCAUUCACGCUCACUUACUCAGGGUUGGAUUGAUCUUCAACUCCUUUAGCCUUCACACCAGCCUUAUCCUAACAUACUCCACAUGCCUUCACCGCGACCAUCUUCAACUUCAAAACUUAAACAACUUCCUCAGCUCCUUAAACCCCACCGAACCAUUACCCUUCAAUGCCAUUGUCUCUGCUUUCUCUCGCAGUGGCUUCUCUUAUCUUGCUCUCCGGACAUUCUCUUUCAUGCACGCCACGGGCGUCCCCUUGGACACGUAUGCCUUGUGUAGCUCCUUGAGGUCUUCCUCUUCGAUCAGAGCGUUAGCUCCUGGCAGACAGAUGCAUGCUCACGUUUCCAAAUCAGGUUGGUCCUCUAGUGUUUAUGUGGGUACCGCCUUGGUUGAUUUGUAUUCAAAAUCAUCAUUGAUCGGAGAUGCAUCGAAGUUGUUCGAUGAAAUACCUAUGAAGAACACUGUCUGCGCGAAUGCACUCCUGUCUGGGUACGCGGAGGCUAAGUUGUGGGGCGACGGACUUGAACUAGUUCGCUCGAUGUCGUCCUCUUUGAGGUUGGGUUAUGACCGGUUCACUUUAUGUGAGCUUCUGCGGAUCUGCACGGGGCUACUGGCAAUUGAGUUGGGCAGGCAGGUUCAUGCCAAUAUGAUCCGUAAGAUAGCUGAUGUCGAAAGUGAUGUAUUUCUACAGAGUUCGUUGGUUGAGAUGUACGGGAAAUGUGGGAUAAUCGACAAGGCUCGACAUGUAUUCGACUUGGCAGGAAUGGGACGUGAAGGAGGGAUGGAGAGAACAAGAGACGUUGUAUUGUGGACUUCGAUGCUCAGUGCAUAUGGUAGACAUGGCAGGUUUGAAGAAGUUAUUAGGCUGUUCCAAGACAUGUUGAUGGCAGGGAUGAAGCCCGAUGGGGUGGCUUUCCUGGCAGUCAUCUCAGCAUGUGCUCACACUGGACAGGUGAGCCUCGGGCUCGAGUAUUUUGAGUCCAUGACGCCUGAGUUUGGGUCGGACCCUGGACCAGAGCAUUACGGUUCUGUAGUUGAUCUGCUUUGCAGGGCAGGGGAAGUGGACAAGGCAUGGAAUUUGAUUACUGGGAUGCCCUUGAAAGAGAACUUAGGUUCUAGCAGCAGCAGCUGUACUGGUAGGAGUGUUUCUGUAUGGGGGGCACUGCUCAGUGCUUGCAAUGAAAAUGGGAAUGUUGAGCUGGGUAAGCUGGCCGCUCAAAGGGCACUUGAGUUGGAUCCUGAGAAUGUAGGGAUCUAUGUGUUGUUGUCGAAUAUGUAUGCAAGGUUUGGUAUGUGGGAUGAGAUUGGGAAGUUAAGGAAAUUAAUGAAGGAAAAAGGGUUGAAGAAAGAUGUAGGAUGUAGUUGGGUAGAGGUAUCAGGUGAUUCAGGUUGAUUAAAGCUAAAGUCUUUU